AUUUGAAAGUAGUGUAUCUCAGGUAUUUAUUAUGUUAUAUGCUUGAAAGGUAUUUUUCAAGAAUUUUUCCUUUGGUUUUGCUUUCCAUAUAAGAUUCAACGAUGUGUAUUGCUAGCAGGACAUAAGCCUUCCUACUAAACUACACGUAUCAACAUCCCCAUUGAAAAGAGUUGGAAUUGAAGAUCCUUCGAGGGAUCAGGAUUUGAAGCAUACUACUAAACUGGCAGAGACGAGUUCAGGAAGGCUUAAGUAUCCUUCUCUUACCGGGAACUUGCAACCAAUACAAGCAAAUGUCAAUGAAAGAGGAGAGCAUAUUGGUUUUGAUAAAGACUUAGUUGGGAUGAAAUCAACUCAGGCUACUGGACAGUCAAAAGCGUCAAUUGCAACAAACAUCCAAUCAGAAGGAGUAGGUUCAAGUAUAAAGAAUUCAUUCCAAGCAGCUCAUAAAAAAUUACCUACACAGGAACCUGUGAAAUCACCUGAAGAUUUGAUGAGAGCAUCUAUUUCUGAAAUAGCUACUGUUUCGGGAAGAAUGCACAAGGAGCUUUCAGGUAUUGUCCAGCCUCAAAAUAGGUCUGCUAAGCAGGGAGAUCCUAUUGGCACUUCAGUUCUAGAGGGGGGAGAGAUGGGAAUUGGCUCAAAGAAUUUACAUGAGAUUAGUAUUGAAGGACCCUCAAAUGAGAAACUGAAAUCAGUAGCAUUCUGUGAACAAGAGCAUUCUUUACUACAAACUUCCGGUAUGUGGAUAUUACCAGAUAAAACAAGACAUUUGUGCAUAACAACUGCGAGUAAAAAAGUAAGGAAUUUAUUAGGAGAUUGCCCAAUUAAAGCAAGUUCCCAUCAAGGAAAGAAGAGUUUUUCAGUACCAGAAAACAUGCAAAAGCGUACUGUAACUGAUGAUGAAAUGAAGAAAAGUGAGAAGAAAUCUAACAAGGUGAGGAAAUCAAGGCCUGAGAGCUCAGCAGAUGAUGCUUCUACUGGACUAGUUGGACAGGUUACAUCAUAUCCUUUUUCAUCCGUCCCAUUAACUUAGUUAUCCAUUUUCUUUGCAAAAUAUUUCUGAUUCAUGAAGUUGGACAAUAUUUCUAUUGUUUGUGUACAUGCAUUUGUGCAUGUGCUUCCACGCAUCCAUGUUAGCCUCUUAGAUAUGUACGUGCCAGAAUGCUACAGUCUGUUGUCACUUCGGUUCAUAAAAUCAGUGUAAACCAAUGAAUAAUACUCCAAAACUGAUAAUCACAAAUUAGAAAAAUCAAAUUUCAUCUGAGAUCCAUCAGCACACAUAACAUUGUAGAAGUGUUGAUGCUUGAAUCAUUAAUAUACUUGCAUUAUUGUUUUCUCGACCUCAGGAAAAGAAACGUAAAUGAAUCAUCAGUUGAAGGAGAAGCAGCAACAGCAGCCAAACAGCUGUUAAUUAUUAUUUUCUUUCCUUCUCAGGCAAUAAAGAUGGCAAUCAUCAUAGGCUUUGGAGUUCUUGUUCUCCUAACUAGACAAAGAGAACCCAGAAAAAGCAACUCAAAGAAAGCGAAUGAUAUUUACUUCGCCACUGAAGAGUCCUUAUUACAACCGUCAUCGACUGAGGAGGGAAAGGACUGAGAGGAGAGGAAGAUUUGAUAUGCUAAAAUUGGUUUAUAGACUGAAGUCAUCGACUGAGGAUGUGAAAACCUUAGCGGAUUAAUGGCUGCUAUAUUUAGACAUACGUUUGCCUGCAUUUCCUCUUUCUCAGAUCUCGGAUAAAAUUUGCUGGUGUUGGAUUCACAGCCAUCAUCCUGAGGGGUGAGAACAGUUUGAAUCCCCCUUUUAUUGUACAUUUUUUGAUUCUUUGUCAAUACAUGCAAUAAAAUGUGGACAAAAAGGCCUUUUGGUCAGUCAAUCUGAUCCUUGUAUAAUGUUCAUAGUUGUUGAUGCAAAUGCUUAGUGUCAAUCUUAAAAACUAAUUUCCAGAUUGUAUAUGGUCUGGAGAAACUGCGAAGAAGAGACUGAUUUACCAUAGGAUUGUUGAGCAAUUUGGCAUUGACAUUAUUGACGCCAUGUUUAGGAGGCAGAAAAUUACAG